AUGUUCGAUUGGAAUUGGCUUUGGGUAGUCGGUGAAAUUGGUAUAUCUUAUGGAUUUUAUCGAUGGUGGAAAUCGAAUGAUAAAUUCUUGGCUGUUUUAGAGGUAGCACCUGAUAUUGAUAUAAAUGAUUUAAAACAAUUUUCAUCAUCAAGAACUUUUAUCGAUUAUGCAGCUAUACAUGGAAUUGUUCGAACAAAUGAUUCAAAAUCAAAUUCAGUAUUAAAAUCUCAAUUUCAUCCACAUUGUCUAGGUGUUAUUCAUCGUUUAACUAUACGUGAAAAAAAACUUGAAAAACUUCGUAAUGUUUGGACUGAAACAAAUAAAACAAUUAGUGAUAUAAUACGUCAUGUACCAUUUCGACUUGUUUCACCAUCAGGAAAUUAUAUUCGUAUUGAUACACCAAUAAAAUUUGAUUCAAUUGAAGAUCAAUUAGAAGUAAUUCAUGUAAAAUUUGAACCUAAUACUUCAUCUUCUAUACAAAAAAUUGUUGAUACAUUUCUUGGAGAUUUAUCAGCAGGUGUUGAAACUAAAGAACAAAUGUUAUUAGUCGAUGCUCCAUUAACUGGUGUUGGUCGUCUUGAAAAACAAUCUAAUGGUAUUUGGUAUCUUGUUCCACAUAAAAAAUGGGGUGGAAUAUUAACACGAUCAACUCGUGCUGAAAUUGUUGCACAAUAUCGUGAUCGUUCUCUUAUAGUUCGAGUUAUAAGUAUAUGUUUUGGUGUUGCUGCUAUUGGUACAGCUGCUUAUUUAUUGUAUAAAUAUUAUUUCAAACGUCGACAACAAACAAAUCGAUUACCAAAUAUUUCACCAAUAAAUAAUACAAAUCAAACAGAUAAUAAUUCAAAUGCUCGACUUCAUUGUGUUAUAUGUUUAGAAAAUGAAAUUGUUUAUAGUCUUCAACCAUGUUCACAUUUAGGUUUAUGUCAUUCAUGUGCACAAACAUUACAAUCAAGAAAUCGUGGUGAAGAAUUAUGUCCACUUUGUCGUACACCUAUUCAAGAAUAUCAACGUAUAUUUUUACCAUAG